AAUGCGGCUAAUGAAAAUAUAAUUCUGGAAUGCGAUCGUUGCAGUUUUCGUGGUUUCAUAAAACAGAAAAGGGAGAAGCAAAAGAAAUGUUGAAGAAUAAAAGAGAAUGGCUUCGCAAAAAUGAUACACAAAUAAAGCAAUACCGAAAAACUUUGUUGCUUCAUGGACUAGGAAUUCGUACUGUGGAGGAGGACGGUAAUUGUCUCUUCAGGGCCGUAGCAGACCAACUAUAUGGGAAUGAAGACUAUCAUGAGCACGUUAGAAACAAAGUUUGUGAUUAUAUGCAAGCAAAUGGUCACUUUUUUUGCAAUUUUCUAACAACUGAAAGACCCUUUGCCCAAUAUAUUCAAGAUAUGAGGAAGGACGGUACUUGGGCUGGAAAUAUCGAAUUGCAAGCUGUUUCACUGGCUUUUCAUGUGAACAUUCGUAUUCAUCAACUGGAAGAGCCGUGGUAUGACAUUUGCAAUUUUGAUGAUGCUGAAUGGAUUCAUUUGGCUUUCCAUGACUAUCGACACUAUUCCAGUGUACGAAGGUUGCGUAACUUAUUUUCCAAUCUUCCAGCAAAGCAUAGAGAAGUUCCUCAUGAAGUAAGGUCCUUAGCUGGCAAAGAAUUGGCUGAAAGAAAUGGAAUCAGUUAUGAACAAGCCAUGGUAGUAUUGGAUGGUACUGACUAUGACUGGAGUCGUUCUCUUGACUAUUUGGGGCUUAUUUGCAAACAUACUGCCGAUAUUCCGAAGAAGAAAGCACAUUUAAACCGAAUAGAGAAGAAGGAAUUGAAAAGAUUGGAACAAUUUUGGAGUCGAAAUAAUACUGUAGAGCAUAGAGAGUGGACAAACAGUGGGAUUGGACAACAUCAUCGGUUGUCAAUUUAGGAAUGUUUUUCAUCUGAUUAUGUGAAUAUGU